AUGGUGGUAUCCUCCAAAACGGCAAAACUUGAAUUUCCUCGAUUUUCAGGGGAUGAUCCGACGGAGUGGUUCAAUCGUGUGAAUCAAUUCUUUGAGUUCCAGAAUACUCCGGAAGCCCAAAGAGUUUCUUUGGCCUCUUAUCACUUGGAAGGAGAGGCUAACCAAUGGUGGCAAUGGAUCCGCAGGACACUCCGAGAAGAAGGUCGCGCUCUCUCAUGGGCAAACUUUGAAAACGAACUCUGGGCUCGCUUUGGGCCAUCAGAGUGUGAAGAUUUUGAUGAAGCCCUUUCAAGAAUAAGGCAGGUUGGUUCUUUGCGGGACUACCAGCGGGAAUUUGAGCGCUUGGGCAAUCGAGUUCACGGAUGGACACAAAGAGCUCUUGUAGGUACGUUUAUGGGAGGCUUAAAAAUGGACAUCUCGGAUGGUAUACGGAUGUUUAAGCCCCAAACACUCAAAGAAGCCAUUAGUUUAGCAAGAAUGAAGGAUGAUCAAUUGGCGAGACAAAGGAGAUUUGUAAGACCUGCACCAACAACACGAGCUCCCUUAGCUCUUCCACCUACUAAUCGGGCAGCACCACCAGGCCCUACCGCUCCGGGCCCACGGAUACUCAUGCUGGAGAAUUGCGAGGAUAAUAGCAAUCUAUUGGGCGAUGAUGGGAACGUAGAACAGCCAACGGAAGAGACACACGAAGAACCUCCUGAACCCGAAAUCACACUACAUGCGCUAGCAGGGUGGACUGCACCCAAAACCAUGCGGGUAGCUGCUAAAAUCGGCUCUCAUAACAUCGUCGUAUUAAUCGACAGUGGGUCAACCCACAACUUCAUCAGUGAAAGAUUGGCUAACGGGUUGCGUCUACCAGUAGCGCCAACCGAAACUUUCAACGUGCGAAUAGCUAAUGGCGACAAACUAAAGUGCCAAGGGCGUUUCGACCAGAAACAGUUGACCAUGGAGUUCCUUUGGGAGAACCAGACCAAACGGUUGCAAGGGGCAGACGGAGGAAACAUAACAGAUGCAUCAAUGAAAGAGCUAUCCAAAGAGGCUCACCAGAGCCACACGAUUUUUGCCAUCUGCUUACAAGUCAAUACUAAGGGAUCAACCGAAGAAAUACAUCCUGAGGUGCAGGAAAUAUUGCAAGAAUUUUCAGAAUUAUUUCAAGAGCCCACAAGUUUACCGCCAGCCAGAGACAUAGACCAUUUCAUCACACUCAAAGAAGGAACGGAACCGAUCAAUUACAAGUCCCUUCUCAUCACCAGUUCUUCUAGUGAAAAAGAAGGAUGGAAAUUGGCGUUUUGCACAGACUAUCGUGCACUUAAUGCCGCCACCAUAAAGGAUCGCUUCCCCAUUCCCACAGUAGAUGACAUGUUGGACGAACUCUAUGGAUACUACAGAAAAUUUGUCAAAAAUUAUGGCAUUGUUGCACGGACCCUCACCAAUCUCCUUAAGAAGGGCCAAUUCGGGUGGCAUGAGGAAGCAGAAGCUGCCUUUGUUGCUCUAAAACAGGCCAUGACAACUACGCCCAUACUUGCAAUGCCCAACUUCAACGAUAAAUUCACGAUUGAAACGGAUGCAUCGGGCGAAGGAAUUGGAGCGGUAUUAGCACAGCAAGGCAGACCAGUGGCCUUCAUGAGUCGGGCACUCGGAGUGGCAAAGAAGUCUUGGUCCACAUACGCCAAGGAAAUGUUAGCAAUUGUGGAGGCAUUCCAACUAUGGCGUCCCUAUCUACUGGGCAGGAAGUUUUAUAUCCAAACAGACCAAAGAAGCCUAAAGUAUUUUCUAGAGCAACGCAUCACCACACCAGAGCAACAAAAAUGGGUAGCCAAACUUUUGGGCUAUGACUACGAGAUAACAUAUCGCCCAGGACGUGAAAAUUCUGCAGCCGAUGCCCUCUCACGGAAGCAAGGAAGCCCCGUCCUCCAUAAUAUAUUUUUUUCUCAAGUUGAUUUAUGGGAAGAGAUUAAACAAGCAGCACGGGAGGACCCUUAUAUCCAGUCCAAGGGCCGUAUAGCAACCAACCAAUCCAACGAAAACUACGUGUGGCACAAUGGCCUACUGCGCUACAAGAACAAGGUGAUAGUUCCUGCUGAUCCUACCUUACGGAACAAACUUCUUCACGAGAUGCAUGACACCAAGGUGGGCGGCCAUUCUGGCAUUCUGCGCACUUACAAAAAAUUGGGGCAACAAUUUUAUUGGCCAGGGAUGCUCAAAUCAGUCCAAGAGUAUAUUAAAUGUUGCGAGGUAUGCCAGAAAAUUAAAACAGAAACUUUGGCGCCGGCAGGACUCCUACAACCCCUACCUAUUCCAUGCCAAGUAUGGGACGACAUCACACUUGAUUUUAUUGAAGGACUACCAACUUUGCAAGGCAAGGAUACCAUCAUGGUAGUCGUUGACAGGCUCAGUAAGUCAGCCCACUUCCUCACUUUAACACAUCCAUUUACAGCUAAAGGUGUUGCAGAAAAAUUUGUGGAAGGCGUUCUGAAGCUACACGGAAUGCCCAGAUCAAUCGUCAGCGACCGCGAUCCCAUUUUUGUGAGCAACUUCUGGCAAGAAUUCUUCAGAAUGUCAGGCACCAAACUGAAGCUUAGCUCCGCAUAUCAUCCGUAG